ACAUCUUCUUUCUCUCUCUAUUUCUCUCUCUCUCUCUCUCUCUCUCUCUCUUAAUCUUGUUAAUGACUAGUCCAUCUCUCUCUGUCUGCAAGAAACUCUUUCUUCUCCACCUAUAUAUACUCCAUUUCCAUUUCAUUUCUCUAUAACUUAUAAAACCCUAGCAGAAACAUACACAUAUAUAUAAAAACAAACUCUUUCCAUCACUAAAUUAACUAACAACAAUGUCCAGCAGAAGGUCCCGUUCAAGGCAAUCCGGCGGCGGUUCAGCCAUCUCCGACGACCAAAUUGCCGAUCUAGUCUCCAAGUUACAACAACUCAUACCCGAAAUGCGUCAAAGACGCUCUAACAAGGUAUCAGCUUCAGGAGUGUUACAAGAGACAUGCAACUACAUUAGAAGCCUGCACAGAGAAAUGGAUGACCUAAGUGAACGUUUGUCUCAGCUUUUGGCUUCAACAGAUGAUAACAGUGCUCAGGCCGCCAUUAUUAGGAGCUUGCUUCUCCAAUAAUCAAAUAUUAUAUAUAAUAUAUUAUAUAUAUAUAUAUAUAGUCUUCAUCAAUAUCCUAUCCCCCACCCAUUAUAUUAUAUUACCUGCUUUAAUUAUAAUUAGUAUAUACUAGUCAUCUCGUAAUUACUACUCUAUAUAAUAUGUGUAUCGAUCUCCAUUUUGGCUUCUAAUAUUAAUUAUUAGUA